AUGUCAAGAGGACUGGACGAGGGUCUCAUAUCGACGACUGUUGCGCAAAACUCUUUCAUCGGUGAAUUUGACCUCAAAGCGGACUACCUCACUUCCUCCGAGCGGGCUAAUCGACUCUCCAACAUCACCUCCAUGGUUCAUAUCGGCAGUAUACCCGGUGCAUUAUUUGCUUUCGUUCUCUGCGAAAAGAUCGGCCUGCUUUGGUCCAUGAGACAGCUUUGUUUGCUGUGGCUAGCCGGUGUUAUAAUUGUGAUCACGUCCACUGGAAAUUUGGGACAGUUAUAUGCAGGUCGAUUCGUUAUGGGGUUGGGGAUCGGACAGGCUGGGGUUGUAGCCCCGACGUAUUUGGCUGAGAUUGCACCUGCCCAUGCUCGGGGAAUGCUGGUUAGCAUGUUUGCCAUGUCGGAAUAUGUCGGAAUCAUGAUCGGGGUAGGUUUACUAGAUCUAAGUUCGAGAUCGAUUCUGUUGACCUUUUUUUCUUUCUUUUUCCAGUAUUUUUCUGCCUGGGGUGCCUCGCUGCAUAUCCCGAAUACAACUGCCCGACAAUGGAUUAUUCCUCAAAGCAUACAAAUUAUCGUUGCGGGACUGUUGAUCCUGUCAUCUUUUCUGUGCGAAGAGAGUCCCAGGUUCCUGGGAAAGACCGGACAUUGGGAAAAAGCCAAUCUUGCAUUGGGCAGUUUAUGGGGUCUGCCUGCCGACAAUCCUGAGGUAGUGACGGAAAUCCAAGGCAUGCAGAUUCAGCUGAACACAGAUUAUACUUCAAGCAUGAGGGGGUCCUGGUUCAAAACAGUGAAAGAACUGUUGACAGUCAGGGAUAAUCAGCGAAGAAUAUUGUUCGUGAUUUCUUCGCAGGUCCUUGCUCAGUGGUCCGGGGCGAACUCUCUCACCACAUACGCACCAGAGUUAUUCUCACUUUUCGGUAUAGGAGGGCAGUCGGAGAAGUUGUUUGUAACUGCCGUCUUUGGCGCAGUCAAGUUCAUCGCAUCUCUUCUCUGCGCCGUCUUUUUGAUCGACCAUUUCGGACGCAAGCGAUCCCUCUUAUCGGGAAUUGCACUGCAGCAAGUCUCCAUGUUGUAUAUUGCGAUCUUUCUCACGGUGAGAUCUGCUUUGUCCGCCGACGAAUCGGAGUCCAUGAAAAGAGCCGCUAUCGCAUCUAUUGUAUUCAUAUACAUUGUCGGUAUUGGCUGGGCAAUGGGAUGGAAUUCUAUCCAGUAUCUGAUCAAUGCAGAGAUAUUCCCAUUGCAGGUCCGGUCGGCCGGUUCUAGUCUCUUGAUGACUUUCCACUAUGUCAAUCGAUAUGGUCUUUCCAAGGCUGUUCCAUCAAUGCUACUUGAGAAUGCGCUUCAACCGAAAGGCACGUUCUGGUUUUUCUCUGCGAUGACUUUCUUUGGUUUGUUGUGGACAGGGCUUUUGCUUCCUGAGACUGCUGGGCAGACUUUGGAAGAGACAAAUACUCUUUUUUCUUGA